AUGCCGAAAACCGCGGACUGUCGCCAGGCCAAAUCGAGAGCAAGAACCCAUUGCGCAACAGCUCCUCAAGUCAAAAUCAUCGUGUUUCCCGGGAUCAGAAGAGCAUGUCGGAAAAGCGCUCAGAGCGGGCAGGGAUCACAACACGAGAGAGAUCAGUGCGAAGGAACCCGACCAAGGAGCCUGUCAGCGCGCCAAACCGAGCCGAGUGGGAUAAGAAUCGACCCCGGAAACCAAUCCAAACAGAUGGCGCCAAUGUGA